UAUCGCAAAUGUUACUGAGCGGAGAUAUGCGUUAACCGAACCGAAGCGAGCCCUACUGGCACACACGCAGAAGAAUGUGUAGAAAACAGACAGAUUCUCCUUUUCACGAGACACAACACUGCACAUGACCUAGACAAGUCAAUAGCUGUGUUGAUAUCCUCAAAUGUCGCCGUAGAUUUAACCGAGGUUUUUUUAAAAUUGCAAUGUGUAAACCGUGGAAGCAACAACAUAUUUGACAUUGACCUAUAUUGCCUAUUAUUGGUUAUUGUGUGAAACUGUAUCGUAAUAUGAUAAUAAUAUCAACCCCCUUCGACGUACUAUUUCGUGAGCCAUAUAACAACGAACAGUGUUAUAUUUCUGAGAAUAUGCGGAUAUAUAGCACCUUAAAGACCCUGCUAGCUGAAAAAUGACGGACAACGAACAGAACGGAGUGGCAGCCUCCGAAGAACACGAUGGUGGUAAAAAGACCAAAAACAAACUGCCCAUAGAUCGUGGGUGGGCCUGGGUUAUCGUAUUUGCCACGUUUUGGAUCAAUCUGAUUCAAAUAGGCAUGUACCGGUCGUUUGGCAUCCUAUUCGUGGAAUUUCUGGAGGAAUUCAAAGCCCCAACGUCUGUGACGUCACUAAUCAUGGGGAUGUAUUCAGCAGCAUAUAGUCUAACAGCUUUGAUUGGACUCAAUUUCCUCCUGGAGAAGUACAGCAUCCGGUUUACGUGUCUGCUUGGCGGGAUCUUAAUGUCCCUCGGUGGCAUGCUCAGCUUUUUUGCCAUGAACCUUGAAUACCUCAUCUUCACUCAGAGUAUCCUGCCAGGAAUGGGUUCAGCUUUACUCUUUGGUCCCGGUCUGGUUAUCGUUGGGCAGUAUUUUGACAAGAGGGGAGCCCUCGGUCAAGCAAUCAGCAGCUGUGGAGUCAGCAUUGGGGGAAUGGCCAUACCCCAGAUCAUCAGAUACCUCCUGACACAGUACGGACUACGAGGAACAAUGCUUAUAAGCGGGGCCAUACAAAUGGAAAUUCUUAUAUUUGCCCUGUUGUACAGGCGGGCCCCAAUUAGACAGAAGGAGGUCAAGACAGAGGAGAGUCUUCUUACCAGUGAAUUCCCCAAUGUUAAACACACUCAUAGCGACUCCAACAUUUCCGAGAACAGCUCUCAUGCAUCCCCAAGCUACAUUGGAGGGAUCAUCGACACUCUAUCACAGUCAAGUGUUCUUAAAUAUGCUAGCAAUGCCGACAUUAACAUUUGCUCAACUAGGAGCCUCAAUUGGAACGCUGCCGACAUAGAAGAAGUAACAGAGAAAAAGGCUUCGUGUUGUAAGAGGGUGACGCGCACUCUGGAUUUCUCGGCAUUCAAAAGAUUUAAUUUUUGGCUGAUUGCUUUCUUCAACUUCUUCGGGGUAGUUGCUGUUACGCUGUUUGAUUCCUACCUCCCAGCAAUGGUACAAGAAGCAGGGUUUACUGAUAUGGAUGCUGCCCUGCUUAUCACGAUAUAUGCUGCAGUGGACUGUGUCAGUCGAUUUCUAUCAGGAGUAAUAGUUGAAUCAGGUAAAAUCAGGGCGCAGAAUUUGCUCGCACUGUUCAUGUUUGCUUCGGGUAUGAUGUGCCAGUUCACAAAACUUUACGUCACAUACGAUUUACUCAUUACGUAUGUUGUGAUCUUUGGAAUGUUUUCCGGUGGCUUUCAAGCAAUGAAUGCUGUGGUGAUGGUUGAGUUCCUUGACAUCGAGACUUUCCCCAAGGCUCUUGGCUUUGUACAGGUCUUCCAUGGCGUCUCCCUUGCUAUAAUGAACCCCGUGCUUGGACUUUUGAGGGACAUCACAGGGACAUACUACGCGUCCUUCAAUCUAAUGGGUGCCUCAGCCAUCGCCUCAUCCAUCUUCCUUCUCGCAGAAACCCCCACAAGGAGGUGGAAGGAUGCAAGGAAGAUGAAAGCAAAGGAAGAGGAGCUAAAAGCUUUGAACAAUGUGACUGGUGACGAGGUUAUAUGAUAAUGCUUGGAUCUAAUCUUAAUGUUCAAAAACAAAUAUAUUGUUAUUACAAAUGCAGUGUGGUAAGGUCUGUAUUUAAACAGUAAUGAGUCAUAUAAUUGUGACAUAAAGUCGUCAACACCGGUUAAAGAACUUUUGACGUGGAGUGCACACUGUUUCACAUUUCAUGCCAGUAUAUUUUUUGCAAACAUAUAUAUUUUUGUUAGCUCACUGUUAGCCAUCUCCUUGCGUGAUGAAAUCAGCAAGCAUGGCGAGCAUUAUCUCCCUGUGACAUGUAAUGUUUGGAAGUUCAGUGCUGUGAUACUCUACUGUAUGAGUCUAAAAGCCCAUUUAUUGAAUCGUUCGUCUCGACGUUGUAUGUUCGUUUGUACGUCGACGUUGGCAGCUGGAAGCUGCAUGUCGCUUCAUCCACGGUUCUAACAUGUUGUAUCCUCUCAAUGACCAUGACAGGGCCACUACUGAAAUAAUAAACAUGUUUAGGAUUA